CUCACACACAAACAUCAAACACUUCCUGAAGAAGUACGGUACUCAGUUUCUUCCCUCUCAGUAAACCCUAAUUCUCAUCCCCAAAUCCCUCUCCCUCUCCUGAAUUUCACCGAUUUCGAUCUCCCCGUCGCUAUGCAAGCCGACGACGAGCCCUCCGGGAGCGCUACAAUGGUCGAAGACGAGAUCUACGCCAACGGCACCGGCGCCGACGACGGCAAGCUCAAUAGACCCAUUAUUACCGGGGAGCAGCUCGACAUUGAAGCGUAUGCGAGUCUCUAUUCGGGCCGGACCAAGAUCACUCGCCUUAUCUUCAUCGCCGACCACUGCGGUGCCGAGACCAACCAGUCGAUGCAGCUCGAGGCGCUUCGGAUGGCUUACGACGAGAUUAAGAAGGGCGAGAACACUCUGUUGUUCAGGGAAGUCGUGCCCAAGAUCGAUGGUAGGUUGGGGCCGAACUAUGGGAUGGAUGCCGCUUGGUGUGAGAUGGUCGAGAGGAGGGCUGAACAGAGGAAGGAGAAGCUCGAGAAUGAACUCAACGCGUAUAGGACUAAUUUGAUAAAAGAAAGCAUAAGGAUGGGAUACAAUGAUUUUGGAGAUUUUUACUAUGCUCACGGUCAACUUGGCGAUGCAUUUAAAAGUUAUGUUCGUACACGCGAUUAUUGUACUACAUCAAAGCAUAUCAUUCAUAUGUGCAUGAGCGCAAUUCUUGUCAGCAUAGAGAUGGGCCAAUUUACACAUGUCACGAGUUACGUUAGCAAAGCAGAACAGACCCCAGAGGCUCUAGAUGCAAUUACUGGUGCAAAGCUUCGAUGUGCUGCAGGAUUGGCUCACUUGGAAGCAAAGAAGUACAAACUUGCUGCUCGCAAGUUUCUGGAGACAGGUCCUGAAUUAGUAAAUCACUUUAAUGAAGUGAUUGCCCCGCAGGAUGUUGCGACAUAUGGUGGUCUUUGUGCGCUUGCAACUUUUGACCGUACAGAGCUAAAGAAUAAAGUUAUAGACAACGUCAACUUUCGUAAUUUCUUAGAGUUGGUUCCUGUAGUCCGAGAGCUGAUUAAUGAUUUCUACUCAAGCCAUUAUGCAUCAUGUCUGGACUACCUUGGGAAUCUUAAAGCUAACUUAUUGCUUGACAUUCAUUUACAUGACCAUGUUGAGACGCUUUAUGAUCAAAUACGCCACAAGGCUCUCAUCCAAUACACGCUCCCAUUUGUAUCCGUUGAUCUCCAUAUGAUGGCUAAUGCUUUUAAAACAAGUGUUGCUGGUCUUGAGAAAGAGCUCGAGACAUUAAUCACUAAUAACCAAAUCCAGGCAAGAAUUGACUCGCACAAUAAAAUUCUUUAUGCUCGACAUGCGGAUCAGAGGAAUGCGACCUUCCAAAGAGUUCUACAGACGGGGAGCGAGUUUGAUCGCGAAGUUAGAUCGAUGCUACUGAGAGCAAACCUUAUCAAGCACGACUAUAACCAACGAGGAGGAUCUAGGAAAAUUUGAUCUUUUUGAUUCUUGGCUUGUACAGCCAUGUUUUUCUUCUUGAUUGGCUUCCAUUGUUAGCCAUGAUAACGGUUUUCGACGAGGGAGGGGUUGCAUAGAGUCAGACUUGAAAUUAUAAUUGGAAGUUACCAUGUUAGGUGGUUCGUUAAAAGCAAGGAGAUAGAAUUAAUGCCACAAUUAGCCAUACUGCUUGCUGGCUGCUGUUUUUUGGUAAAUACUGAUUUUUCUCAGUUGCAGUUAUUGAUUCUUCCAGUUUUUUUCCUUACAGAUUCCGGGGAACCAUGUUGCAAAUUUGUCUGUGAGUUGAAUAUGCAAAGUAUUGAUACCUCUUUAUUGUUCCUUUUCCUUUUAGAAUAUUGUGUCACGGGUGGAGAUUCAAAUCUACGAGCGUUGUAUCUCUUUAUUGCCCCUUGAAAGGACCCUUGUAGAAACUGAAAAGGGGGAGAAGAUGAGCUAUUUUUGGAA